AUGUCUGAUACCAAUCCUUUCCCACCAUUUCCACCAGCAGUCACACUUGAAGCAGUGCAAGCAGCAACAACAGCCUACCCAGCCUCCUACUUCACUUCGCACAUCCUAAAACUAAGCAGCUACCUCGUCGACAUCACCAAAACGAGCACUCUCUUCGGAAAGCCCUCCAACGACUCCUACACCCCGAGUCUCAGCACUCUCUACCUCCGCCUCCAGAACGGCCAACUCCCUCCCAGUCACCUCCCGGCAGACUUUCAGACGCCCCGGCACACUCAAUCUCAAAUCCACCUUCGCUCAGACAAACCAGCUGCUGAGCGUCCCUUGGCCGACUUCGAAGAUCUCUACUACGCUACUCUCUCUUUGAUGCAAGAACUGCACCACCUCCUCACCAUCCGCCUCCAAAGCGGUUUCAACACACCCUCUGACCUCGCCUGCCCCGGCGGUCCCACCUUAGCCGCCUUACACGAAAGCCUAACGGCGUACUGGUCCUUCUUCAACGAUGCAGCGUGUGCGAAGGCGCUCGACGAUGCUGUGCGGGAAGCUCGCGUUAGGGCUAUCCGGGAGGAGAUUGUGAGAAAAGUGGAAGCCGAUGAGUUGGAUGUACAAGAUGCUAGGUGUCAAUUGGCAGGAUUGUACGGGGAGGAUGUAUACGCGGGGGUUGAGGGGAUGUGGUUUGUAAGGGAUUGGGCACCGGCCGUGGUGGCGGUGUAUUUGGAGGGAAGGUAUCGGGGCUUGUUAGAUGCGGAGAAGGCAGAGAGUGAGAGGGUGGUGGCGAUGGUUAAGAGUGGGAAAGAGGGAUCAGCAGAGCAAGUUGAACGUGAAUGUCCGGAGGCGAAGCGUGACAUGGACGUGGAUCCGAACCAAUUAUUCCUCCCCGAGCAGAACCACGUCGAGCCCCUAUCUUGCGGCACCAGCAUACGCACUGAACCGCAGAUAUCUCAGGAUACGUACUACUCGUCCGCUCACCACGCCCCCGUCUACCACCCCCAACUCCACCACUCCGCAACACACCACCAAGAACACUCCGCAGCCAUCCACAACGAGCACCACCCCACCGACCUCGAUAUUAUGCUCGAGUGGCAAGUCCGCAACCAGCGCGUGGCAGAAUACUCAAACUACCUGCGUGCCCGCGCGAGCCAGGAUGCGCAGCAGGCCAUCCAAGAGUCAAGAGGAACAGGGGGUACUACAGGGUGUGAGACUUGUACUUGGAAUGAAAUGUUGGGCCCAGACAUGAAUCCGGAUAAGUAG